UCUCCGUCCUUCCAAAGACAGGCAGGGCCGAUGGAGGAGGACCAGGACCAGGAGCCAGAGCAGGAUUCGGAUCCGGAGCCGGAGCAGGAUUCGGACCCAGAGCCGGAGCAGGAUUCGGAACAGGAGCUGGAGCAGGAUUCGGAACAGGAGGCGGAGUCCGAGCAGGACCCGGGGCACAAGCAGGUGCUGGAGCUGGGGCUGGAGCAGGGGCAGGAGCCGGAGCAGAAGGAGGAGCAGGAGCUGGGGCUGAAGGAGGAGCAGGACCAGUAUGACGAGCAGUUCGUGGCGUCCUCCACGGGCGAGCAGUGGGAGCAGGUGGACAUGGCCCAGCAGGAGGCGUCCGAGACAGCAGCUGUCCGCGACCACCUGUUUGACCUCGCCUUCUGUUUUAAUCUGGCCAGCAUCCUGGUUUUUUUAUGA